UCCUUACAGCGUAUAUACACACAUCGGCAUACAACACAUGCGCAGUCUCGAGAAGUGAUAUCAACGAUAAUGGGAUCCAACACUCCAAGAAUGCGGCUCUGAGGGAAUACUUACAUAGUAUGUAGGAAAGAAACAGGAAGUGACUUCCACUUGGAUGCAUCCUGAGAAGGGGCAUCCUCAAUUCCCUCUCUACUACGUACUUUCCUGCCAUCCAGCCACUGCAGCCAGACUCAUGAAUCAUCGACCCCGGAUCGUCUGGUCCAGUUCAGCUGCACCGUCCCCAAGAAGGCUAGACCCAUUCUGGCCCACGGUCAAAUCGAGGCUUUUGUGGGGUAAAAUUCCCAAGCUGCAACUCCUUGGUUCUUCCAUCCUUCCUUCAGCCCCAGACUGUUAAAUGCCCCCCCCCUUCUUUCACCCUCUUUCUUUCCCCCCUCCCAUCGUCCGUUGUUUUUCUUCAAGACCCUUGCCGGCUACGGCCUGGCUUUUCUCUCUUAUUCUCAUCCCUGCAAGCUACCGUCCCCUCUGGUCACAUCACAUUCUCAAUUUUCUAUCUUCCUAUUUACUAUCCCCUCUCCCCACAUCCUAUCAUCACCCGCCACAAAGCUCCAACCCUACCUAGAGAAGCCCAGAGUUCUCUCACAUACAGCUCCCUUCCACCCUGAUUCUUAGC